UCUACACUCUCUGGUGUUUCAACAGUCCAGAGGAAAAGAUCAGACAGUUGGAGAAGAAAGUAAACGAGCUGGUAGAGGAGAGCUGUAUUGCCAACAGCUGCGGAGACUUAAAGCUGGCCUUAGAAAAGGCAAAAGAUGCAGGAAGGAAAGAGAGAGUCCUGGUGAGACAGCGAGAGCAAGUUACAACUCCAGAAAAUAUCAACCUGGACUUAACAUACUCCGUUCUCUUCAACUUGGCCAGUCAGUAUUCAGCUAAUGAAAUGUAUGCAGAAGCACUAAACACAUACCAAGUUAUAGUGAAAAAUAAGAUGUUUAGCAAUGCAGGGAGACUGAAAGUGAAUAUGGGAAAUAUUUAUUUAAAGCAGAGGAAUUAUUCCAAAGCCAUUAAGUUCUACCGAAUGGCCUUAGAUCAGAUCCCGAGUGUCCAUAAAGAAAUGAGGAUUAAAAUAAUGCAGAACAUUGGAAUUACAUUUAUAAAAACUGGUCAAUAUUCAGAUGCCAUUAACUCAUUCGAGCAUAUCAUGAGUAUGGCCCCGAAUCUGAAGGCAGGCUUCAACCUCAUUCUCAGCUGUUUCGCCAUUGGAGAUCGAGAGAAAAUGAAGAAGGCAUUCCAGAAAUUAAUUGCUGUUCCGUUAGAAAUUGAUGAAGAUGAUAAAUAUAUCUCCCCAAGUGAUGAUCCCCAUACUAACUUACUGAUUGAGGCUAUAAAAAAUGACCAUCUCAGGCAGAUGGAACGUGAAAGGAAAGCCAUGGCAGAAAAAUACAUCAUGACAGCUGCAAAGCUCAUCGCUCCUGUGAUUGAAGCGUCCUUUGCUGUGGGUUAUAACUGGUGUGUGGAAGUGGUGAAGGCUUCUCAGUACGUGGAGCUGGCCAAUGACCUGGAGAUUAACAAAGCAAUUACAUACUUGAGACAAAAGGACUUUAACCAAGCUGUAGACACCUUGAAGAUGUUUGAAAAGAAGGACAGUAGAGUGAAAAGUGCAGCUGCAACCAACCUCUCCUUCCUGUAUUAUCUGGAAAAUGAAUUUGCCCAGGCCAGCAGCUAUGCAGACCUAGCUGUGAACUCGGAUAGAUACAACCCAUCAGCUCUCACUAAUAAAGGGAACACGGUUUUUGCAAAUGGUGAUUAUGAGAAGGCAGCUGAAUUCUAUAAAGAGGCCCUAAGAAAUGAUUCUUCUUGUACUGAAGCACUUUAUAACAUUGGCCUCACCUAUAAGAAGCUAAACCGUCUGGAUGAAGCCCUGGACUCCUUCCUGAAACUGCAUGCAAUCCUUCGGAACAGCGCUCAAGUUCUUUGCCAGAUAGCAAAUGUAUACGAGCUAAUGGAAGAUCCCAAUCAAGCCAUUGAGUGGCUGAUGCAGUUGAUCAGCGUGGUGCCGACUGACUCCCAAGCUCUGUCUAAACUAGGGGAACUAUACGACAGUGAGGGGGAUAAGUCCCAAGCGUUCCAGUAUUACUAUGAGUCGUACAGGUAUUUCCCUUCUAAUAUUGAGGUCAUUGAGUGGCUUGGAGCUUAUUACAUUGAUACCCAGUUCUGUGAAAAAGCUAUUCAGUACUUUGAAAGAGCAUCUCUUAUACAACCCACACAGGUGAAAUGGCAGCUGAUGGUGGCUAGCUGUUUCAGAAGAAGUGGUAACUACCAAAAGGCAUUAGAUACUUACAAAGAGAUCCACAGGAAAUUUCCAGAGAAUGUUGAAUGUUUGCGUUUCUUGGUUCGUCUCUGCACAGAUAUUGGAUUAAAAGAAGUUCAAGAAUAUGCCACAAAGCUCAAGAGGUUGGAAAAAAUGAAAGAAAUGAGGGAACAGCGCAUCAAGUCGGGCAGAGACAGCGGCGGCGGCUCUCGCAGCAAACGAGAGGGGAGCUCGGGCAGUGACAGUGGCCAGAACAAUAGUGCCAGUAGUAAAAGUGAACGACUGAGUGCCAAGCUCAGAGCUUUGCCUGGGACAGAUGAACCUUAUGAAAGUAGCGGUAACAAAGAAAUAGAUGCCUCCUAUGUGGAUCCACUGGGCCCUCAAAUAGAAAGACCAAAAACUGCAGCCAAAAAGAGAAUCGACGAGGAUGAUUUUGCUGAUGAAGAGUUAGGAGAUGACUUGCUUCCAGAAUAAUACAAACUUUAAUACUGUGUGUGUGUGUGUGUGUGUGUGUGUGUGUGUGUGUGUGUGUGUGUACAUGUGUGUCAGCCAGAAGACAGCCUUGGAUGCUGUUCCCCAGGCACCAUCCAUCCACCAUUUUUGUGACUGGGUCCCUAUCUGGCCUGGAACAUGCCAUGUAGGCAGUGGCCAGCAACCUCCAGGGAUCUGCCCAUCUCCAUUUCUUCCUCCCUGGUGCUGCAAUUAUAAGCACUUGCCACCACACCCAGCUUUCUGUAAAGGGGCUCUGGGGUCUGAACUCAGGUCCUCCAGCUUGUGUGGCAAGCACUUUCCCAACUGUACUCUCCCUGUCCCAGUAAGUCAUUUACUGAAGGAAAGAAAUCGCCUUAUAAGAUAAUGCUCUUGUUAAACCUGAGACCAAACUUUAAUUUUGUACACUGUUGAAACUUUAAAUAGUGUAUUCUGUUCUCUGAGGAUGGAUCUGUGCUGUCAUUUUUAUGGAAUAAAACCAUGAAGCUACUACCUAG